AUGAGAAAGCUGAGACAUAUCCUCCAGGUCUCGUUAAAAGAUAAAAUCAGGAAUGGAGUAAUUCGCAGCAGAUGUGGUAUCACAGAUAUAGUAGAGAAAGUCCAAGAGGCUAGAAUAAGGUUGUUCGGUCAUGUGUUGAGGAGAGAGGAUGAAGACCCCUGCAGGAUGGCUUGGAACCUUAGUGUGGAAGGUGACAGAGGUAGAGGGAGGCCGCGUCAGAGAUGGAGCGAUAACAUCAAGAAGGACCUCGAGGAAAAAGGAUUAUCCGAAGGGGAUGCGGUGGACUGGGUUAGGUGGUUAGGUGGUGCAACCAAAGCAGCUGACCCAAGGACAGUCUGGGACUAA